GGCGCUGUUACAAAAACAUUGGAAUUCAUGCUGCCGGAAAAAAACAGCUAAAGAAGAAACAAAAGGGAAAAAGUGGGAGAUUUUGGAACCGAGCUGCACAUUGAGGACAUAAUAAUAACAUUAGAUAUGAAUGAUAAUCGUCCAGCGGGGUCUGAAACCCUGAAGUUGCACACUCCGGUACAGUACGUGGCGGUAGCCUCCCGCUAAGGUAAAGCGAAUCGAGAAAACAGCAGCAGAAAUGCUGCAGCUCCCCCUGGUGGUGACCGUUCAGGUGGACCUGGUUCUGGUUCUGAUCACCUCGCUGGCCUUCCUGACUCGACUCAGCUGGCUGAGCUACCCCAACGCGGUGGUGUUUGAUGAAGUGUAUUAUGGGCAGUUCGUGUCUCUUUACGUGAAAAGGAUCUUCUUCAUCGAUGACAGCGGGCCCCCCCUCGGACACAUGAUUCUGGCUCUCGGAGCAUACCUGGGAGGAUUUGACGGCAACUUUGUGUGGAACCGAAUCGGAGCAGAGUAUCCCGUGGGCAUGAAUGUGUGGAGUUUGCGGCUCCUGCCAGCUCUGUGCGGGGCGCUCUGUGUUCCUCUGGGUUACCUGCUGGCUCUGGAGCUCAAGUUCUCUCAUGUUUCGGCUCUCGGAGCUGCACUGCUGCUUCUUUUGGAAAACUCUUUGAUCGUCCAGUCGCGCUUCCUGUUGCUGGAGUCGGUCCUCAUCUUCUUUGUGCUGCUGGCUCUCUUUUCAUACCUUCGUUUCCAGAACUCCACCAGCAGCUCCUGGUCCAGAUACAGCUGGCUGCUCCUCUGUGGCGUCUCCUGUUCUGCGGCUGUCGGGGUGAAGUACAUGGGGCUUUUCUCAUAUCUGCUGCUGCUGGGUGUGGCUUCUGUGGACACCUGGAGUCUGAUUGGAGAUCGAGCCGUCAGUCAUCUGAGUGUGUGCGUGCAGUGUUUUUGCAGAGUCAUGUGUCUCCUGGUUGUUCCUGCUCUGUUCUACAUCUUCUGGUUCUACGUUCACCUGAGUGUCCUGAAUCACAGUGGACCACAUGACCAGCUGAUGAGCUCCGCCUUUCAGGCCAGUCUGAAGGGUGGUCUCUCUAGAAUCACUAAGGGCCAGCCUUUGGAAGUAGCUUAUGGCAGUCAGGUGACUUUGAGAAGCUCCGCCUCCCAGCCAGUCCCAUGUUGGCUCCACUCACACAAAGCUAACUAUCCAGUCAGGUAUGGAAAUGGGAGGGGCAGUUCUCAUCAGCAACAGGUCACCUGUUAUCCCUUUAAGGAUGUCAACAACUGGUGGAUCAUCAAAGAUCCCAACAGACAAGAGUUGGUGGUGGACACACCUCCUAAACCUGUACAUCACGGUGAUGUCAUCCAGCUAGUUCAUGGAAUGAGCUCCCGCUUACUCAACAGUCAUGACGUAGCAGCUCCCAUGAGCCCUCAUGCUCAGGAGGUGUCCGGCUACAUCGACUUCAACAUCUCCAUGCCAGCUCAGAACCUGUGGAGGGUGGAUAUCUCAAACAGGGAGGCGAAGUCAGAAGUGUGGAAGACGAUCCUGUCUGAAGUACGAUUGGUCCAUGUCAACACAUCUGCUGUCCUGAAGAUGAGUGGCAUGUCUCUUCCAGAAUGGGGCUUCCGUCAGCUGGAGGUGGUGGCAGAGAAAACGUUUAAAACUCACAGCAGCGGUUUGGGAUGGACGGUGGAGGAACAUCGAUAUGGAACCAGUCAGGAGCAGAAGGACCGGGAGGUGGAGCUUCACUCCCCCACUCACAUUGAUGUUGACAGGAAAAUUUCUUUCUGGUCAAAGUUUGUGGAGCUGCAGUGGAAGAUGCUGACACUGAAACAAGAGGAGUCUGAGCACAAAUACAGCUCCGGCCCUGGGGAGUGGCUCACCAUGAAGACGAACAUUGCAUACUGGCUGCACACUUCCACCAAUGCUCAAAUACAUCUCAUUGGUAACCUGGUGUCCUGGGGCGUGGCCCACCUGAGCCUGCUGGCCUAUCAGCUACUGGCUGUGAUCUACCUGCUGAGGAGGAGGCGGGGUUUCAAAGACAUUUCUGAUGGCGCGUGGGAGCAGUUUGUGCGUCUUGGCUGUGUGUGUGUCGGGAGCUGGCUGGUGAACUUUGUGCCCUUCCUGCUGAUGGACAAAACUCUCUUCCUAUAUCACUACCUGCCCGCCCUGUGCUACCUCCACCUGCUGUGCCCCGCCCUGAUGGAGCAUGUGCACACUCACCUGCUCAGCAGCCCCACGCACCGCCGCGUACUUCAUGUCUGCAUAUUAGGUGUUCUCCUGUACGUCUUCCUGUGCUACUGGACCUUCUGCCCUCUGACCUACGGCACCCCGGAGCUGUCAGCCAGUCAGCUACAGAGGUUAAAGUGGAGGGAUAGCUGGGAUAUCCUGUACCGACGCCAGUGAGAUACUUCAACAAAGAACCGUCAGGAGAAUCUUGGGUUUUGUUGUAGGUGUAGGACCCAGAUCCUGGUCUGUUUCCUGCUAGUGUGUCUGUCACGAUAAGUGACUUUGCUUCUGAGCAAAGUUAGAACCCUGGACUCCUUCUUGACUGUGAGAUGCAACAUCGGAGCAGGUUCAAAAAGUUCUGAACUUAUGGUUACUGAAGUGGAUCCAUGAGUUCCAGUGUUUAUAACAAAGAGGCGAGUCUUGGAGUUCAGACUGGAUCCUGGGCUGGUCCCACUACUGAAGGUUAAGGUUCCCAGGAUGGAGUCUGAGUCAAGAGUUGUGUGCAAAUGGGUGAAGCAGCAUCAGGUUAGACUGAAACGGGCUCUGAAACGGCCCCAAAACAAUGUGUUUUAUAAUAAAUUAGAAUUUGAAUACCAGAAGUGAAAAUUCAGAAAAAUAUCAUAAUUCAAGAACCUUGAAUUGUUUUUAUGUAGUUUGCUGGAUUGAAUUGUGUGUGAAAUAAAAGUAAACCCUGUUUAAAACCAACCAUCAGAAAGGAAUAAAUAAUAAACAGUGCUGUUGGGCAGUGGUACUGGGUCAAUCCUAAACUCAGUUUACGUUCAUCUAUAGCACAAAAAUCUGCAUUUGUCAAUGUUAAGAUCAUUAAAACUUCAAUGAAACUUUUAAUAAUUGUAAACCACUCUGCUUUAGAACAAA